ACACCAGCAAUACUAAAGUAUAACCAGCGCAGAUGGAGGCUCCUCCGCCCUACAGUCUCUGCAACCCCAACAAAAAAUCCACCAUUAUCAACGGCUCUUACGCCCUCCUCCAUUCCGUAGCCAUAACUUCCCUGAUUUUCUACAGAGUCUCUUCUUUCUUCCAUUCAACACCUUCCCUCCCUCUCCUUCUAGCGUUCACCUCCGAGCUAAUUCUCUCUGUACUUUGGCUGCUCAGCCAAGCGUUUCUAUGGCGACCCUUCACUCGCCAAACGUUCCCCGAAAGGUUACUGCAAGACAAAAACGAUGAUGAACUACCGGCAAUCGAUGUGUUCAUAUGCACCGCAGACCCGGAGAAGGAGCCGCCAUUAGAGGUGAUGAACACGGUUUUGUCGGCAAUGGCGAUGGAUUACCCGGCGGAGAAGCUAUCGGUUUAUGUUUCGGAUGAUGGAGGUUGCGGUUUAACUUUGUAUGCAAUGAAAGAGGCUUGGGAAUUUGGUCGGUAUUGGGUUCCAUUUUGUACGAGGUUUGGGAUAAAAACCAGAUGCCCCAAGCUUUAUUUUUCGAGGUAUGAUGAUGAAUUUUUGGGACAAGGUUACGAAGCAGAAAAGGAGAAAAUCAAGCUAAAAUACAAAUUGAUGGAAAAGAAGGUGCAAAAAGCAGAAAGCAACGGUAAGAUGCUUGCGGAAUUCAAUACUAAAAAUCAUCCUGCACAUGUCGAGGUGAUGCAAGAUGAAUCCCAUAAUGCAAACGACACAAACCAAGUCAAGAUGCCACGUCUCGUCUACGUUUCUCGUGAGAAAAACCCUUCAUAUCAUCACCAUUUCAAAGCUGGAGCACUCAAUGUUCUUCUCAGGGUCUCCAACAUGAUAAGCAACUCCCCUUACAUAUUGGUUCUAGACUGCGACAUGCGAUGCAAUGACCCGACGUCUGCUAAACAAGCAAUGUGUUUCCAUUUAGAUCCUAAAAUCAAUUCCAACCUAGCUUUCGUUCAGUUCCCUCAAAAGUUUCACAAUCUCAGUAAGAUGGAUAUCUAUGAUGGUCAAUUAAGAUCAACAUUCUUGGUGAAGUGGCCUGGUAUGGAUGGAUUGCAGGGACCAAUGUUAUCUGGAAGUGGUUUUUAUAUGAAACGAAAGGCAUUAUAUAGAGAUAUAGUACAAGAAGAUACCGAUUUCACUCAGUUAAAACAAUAUCUCGGUCCAUCAAAUGAGUUAGUGAAAUCGCUUAAAUCGGCCAAGUACAACACAGAUGUCACCAGCAGAUUGCUUGAAGAAACCAGAUUUUUAGCCUCCUGCAAAUACGAGGAAGGAACUCAGUGGGGAAAGCAGGUUGGGUUCUUGUAUAUGUCGCUGCUAGAAGAUUAUUUUACAGGGUUUAAUCUGCACUGUGAAGGGUGGAAAUCUAUAUUUUAUAAUCCCCCAAGUCCAGCAUUUCUAGGCACAGCUAUAACAAAGUUGAAUGACACAUUAUUACAAGGGUCAAGAUGGAACUGUGGAGCUCUCCAAGUUACAUUCUCAAAGUUUUGUCCUCUAAUUUAUGGGUUAAAAUCAAGGAUGUCUUUGCUUCAAAGAAUGUGCUAUGUUUACCUCUCAUUGCAGCCCUUCUACUUCUUUCCUAUCUGGUGUUUAGCUACUAUUCCUCAACUUUGCCUCUUACAUGGCAUUCCACUAUACCCCAAGGUUUCGAAUUCAUGGUUUAUGGUGUUUUCAUACAUUUUCAUAAUGUCACAAUUGAAACAUUUAGAGGAAGUUCUAUUAACGGGCGAUCCAAUAAGAACAUGGUGGAAUGAACAAAGGAUUUGGAUGAUGAAGGCAAUUAUAUCAUACACCAUCGGCAUGUUGAAUGCUGUUUUGAAGCUUUUAGGAUUGAAAGAAGCAAAUUUCGUCCCAACAAAUAAAGUUGCCGACGAUGAACAAAUCACAUUCUACCAAAAAGGGUUAUUCAAUUUCCAAGCAUCGACUGUCGUUCUUACCCCACUGAUUACGUUGGUUACCUUGAACAUGAUUUGUUUCGCCGCCGGGGCCACCAGGACAGUCGUCGAUGGAAGUUUCAACGCGAUGUUUGGACAAAUUUUCCUCUCGUUUUAUGUCCUAAUGGUGCAAUAUCCUUUGAUCGAUGGAAUGAUUUUUAGGAGGGACAAAGGACGGGUUCCGACUUCAGUUACCCUAUUAUCUCUUGCUAUUUCGGCUUCAUUUUUGUGCUUUGGAUCCCUAAUUAUCAAGUCUUAGAAUUCUCAAGCUGAGCAAUUUUCGAAUAUUUAUAGUAAUUGAUCGUGAUUAACGCGAUUGCAAUCAGAACUGCUGUUUAAACACUUAUUCAACAUUUCGUCUGCUACUUUUGAUCUAUGUUCUUCUAAAGCAAUUUCAGCUCUAGUGAUCAAAUUUGUUUGGGAUAAAUUUAUAAACAUAUUCCAUACUGCUUUUCUUA